GCCCACGCGCUGUCUACGUGUAAAUACCUAUGUAUGGCGGUCAGCGUUUAUUGACGGUGGCUCCAAACUGUUUCCGCGUUGUAUAUUACUCAAUAACAUCUAUCUCAACAACGGAGGGGUCGAUUUGUUCGCUAUGAUAGCUGUGGCCAUGAGCGUGACAUGCCCAGGCCUAUACUGUGGCAGAAUAAUGUUCAAUGGGUCAGUGGAAAGAGACUGUGGUGUUUGCCCUCGUGGAGAGCGGGCCAACCUUCAGAAGGUGUGUGAACGCUGCACUGAGUUCCCUGAACUAUAUGAUUGGCUCUAUCUCGGCUUUAUGGCCAUACUGCCUCUCGUGCUGCACUGGUUCUUCAUUGAGUGGUAUUCUGGAAAGAAAAGUUCCAGUGCUUUGAUGCAGCAUAUCACAGCCUUGUUGGAGUGCAGUGUGUCUGCUAUGGUCACGCUGUUGGUCACAGAGCCAAUAGGGAUGCUCAGUAUCAACUCCUGCCGAGUCCAGAUGCUGUCAGACUGGUACACCAUGCUGUAUAAUCCCAGUCCAGACUACAUCAACACUUUACACUGCACCCAGGAGGCGGUUUACCCACUUUAUACCAUUGUGUUAAUCUAUUAUGCCUUCUGCUUGGUGCUGAUGAUGCUGCUGCGCCCUCUGUUGGUUAAAAAGAUAGCAUGCGGUCUGGGCAAAUCAGAUCGAUUUAAGAGCAUCUAUGCUGCUCUGUACUUCUUCCCCAUCCUCACAGUGCUUCAGGCUGUUGGUGGAGGACUGCUCUAUUAUGCGUUUCCCUACAUAAUACUUGUUCUGUCUCUGGUCACUCUGGCUGUGUACAUGUCUGCCACUGAGAUACAGUCCUUUAAGAACCUGGCUGCUAAGAAGAAACGCCUGGUCGUUCUGUUCAGUCACUGGUUGCUCCAUGCAUAUGGCAUCAUCUCUAUUUCACGCCUGGACAAGCUGGAGCAGGAUCUGCCACUGUUGGCUCUUGUACCUGGUCCCGCCAUGUUCUACAUUGCUACUGCUAAGUUCACAGAGCCAAGCCGCAUCCUGUCAGAGGGCAGCAAUGGACACUGAACCUUCAAAUAAUAUUUCUAGCAACCAUUUGUAAAUUAAUAGCCUUUUACACCGUGGAAAUGUCAUGUCAGUUGUUCUACACGAGUAAAGAUUUGUAAGCAUAUAUGUCUGUGGACAAACAAGAUGAUCACUGUCAUGCAUGUCUCGUCUGUAAGGGUACAACAGUCACCGAAAUAUGUGAGUUAACUAAAGUGUAUAUGAAGUCAA